AACAAAACGUUAAGCCCGCGUUACAACAGUGCUGUGAGGAAGCGAGUGGAUGCGAGUAACCUCGUGAUGCACACCCGCGGACUGCCCUGUUGUGACGGCUGCCGUUUUUCUCCGGUGUGACACCGGCCAGCUGGCGACAGGUCCCUGCCCCCCCCCCGCUCCCCGCCCCGGUACGUCUUCUGUAAACAUUGCCAGCGGGCCAGAUACAGGUCGCACCGCGCGGCUCGCGCAGUCAGGCGCCGGCGGCGGUCCGCCUGGUGGCACCGGUGCAGCCACUCCCACACGUCGGCCUCUUAUCUGCACCACACCCCGGCAUCGCAGCUCUGCAGUGCCUUCAGACAGCCUCCACAGACUGCCGUCAGCGUCAGGAUGUCUCCCCGCCUGCUGCUGAUGCUGGCGAUCCUGCCGGUCACCCUGCCGGCAGGCCGCGGCGCCGCGCAGCACUUCUCAGCGGCGCCCAGCUUCGGCAUCGACUACGAGAACAACACGUUCACGCUGGACGGCGUUCCGUUCCGCUACGUGUCCGGCACGGUGCACUACUUCCGCGUGCCGCGCGCCUACUGGUCGGACCGGCUGCUGCGGCUGCGGGCGCUGGGAGCCAACGUGCUGGAGACCUACGUCGAGUGGAACAGCCAUGAGCCGGAGCCGGGAGAGUACCAGUUUACAGGUCAGCAGGACCUGGUGGCGUUCCUGCAGGAGGCGCAGCGCCAGGGCCUGCUGGUGAUCCUGCGCACCGGGCCGUUCAUCGACGCUGAGCGGGAGUUCGGUGGCCUACCCUACUGGCUGCUGUCCGCCGACCCGCAGACCCCACUGCGCACCAGCGACCCGCGCUUCCUCCAGCCGCUCGACCGCUGGUUCGACGUGCUGCUGCCCAAGCUGAAGCCGCUGCUGUACGAGAACGGAGGACCCAUCAUCAUGCUUCAGGUGGAGAACGAGUACGGCAGUUUCCACGCGUGCGACUACGUCUACCUGCAGCACCUGGCCGACAGGCUGCGCCAGCACCUGGGCGAGUCGGCCGUGCUGUUCACCACGGACGGCGACAGCCAGAGCCUGCUGCACUGCGGCACCACGCCCGCCGCCUACGCCACCGUCGACUUCGGGUCCGGCACGGACGUGGCGGCCGCGUUCGGUGUGCAGCGCCUGUUCGAGUCGAGCGGGCCUCUGGUGAACUCGGAGUACUACCCCGGCUGGCUGGACCACUGGGGCUAUCCGCACUCGACCCGAUCCACAGAGGACGUGGUGCGCACAAUGAAUGAGAUGUUCGACAUGCAGGCCAAUGUCAACGUGUACGUGGCUCACGGUGGGACGUCGUUUGGUUUCUCAGCCGGUAGUAACCUGGGUAACAACUUCCAGGCCUGCCCCACCUCAUACGACUACGAUGCGCCGAUUGCUGAGAACGGUUACCUCACCGACAAGUUUUACGCGAUGCGGAACGCCACUCUCUCGGUGGCGACGUGGUCGGUGCCAGAGCCGCCGCCGCAGCCGGCGGUGCUCGCCUACGGCGCCGUGCAGAUGACGGCCUCCGAGGGACUGCUGGCAGCCGUGCGCGGCCUCGCAGACGACCCGGUCACCUCGGACGACCCUCUGACUUUUGAGCAGCUCCGUCAGGCGUACGGCUUUGUGCUGUACUCGCACAAUGUGACCGGCGUGCAGCCGGACCCCGUCCUGCUGAACGUCACCGGUCUCAGAGACAGGGGCUACGUGUUCGUGGACGGCGCUCAGGUGGGCAUUCUCAGUCGCGGGGAGAACAUCUACCAGCUGCCCGUCUCCGUCCAGGAGGGCAGCCGGCUUCAGAUCCUCGCCGAGAAUCAGGGGCGCAUCUGCUUCGGCAACUUUCUUAACGACAUCAAGGGCAUCGUGUCGCCGGUGUUCCUGGGCUCCGGCCGGCUCAGCGGCUGGGAGCAGCUCUCUGUUCCCCUGAAUAGCACCCAGCUGGGGAGGGUGGAGCGGCUGCUGGCCGGCCGGGCCACCAACCGGUUGACCGCGGCCGCGGCGCCGGCCUUCUUCACUGGCGAGUUUGACCUCCCCGCCGGCGUAGAUGCCGACUCACCCACGGACACCUUCCUCCGACUGGACGGCUGGCGGCGCGGCGUGGCCUUCGUCAACGGCUUCAACCUGGGCAGGUACUGGCCGGCGCAGGGGCCGCAGGUGACGCUCUACGUGCCCGGGACGCUGCUCAAGGCCGCCUCCAACCGACUGACGCUGCUGGAGCUGGAGGAGGCGCCGUGCCUCGCGACCGACACGUGCCGCGUGACGCUGACCGACACACCGGAGCUGGACGGGCCCACGCCGCACUGACGCAGUGGGAGGAGAUGAGGACAGCUCUAUUAUACCACACGGCACUGGACGCGGCCUUUACCGAAAUAUUUGGUGCAGAAAACUGAUAUCUAUAUAUCUAUUGUCAAGUUGUUAGCAUUCUCUGAAUACAUAUAUGCAUGCAUGGCAUGCACAUUGCCCAGUG